GUUACUACAGCAGGACAGGCCAGCUACUAUGUGUCCUACCAGAGGGAUCCAUUCCUCAAAAUCAAACUGCCAAAAUAUUCUCUGCCUAAGGUAAGCAACAUUCAGUUUACAGUGAUGAACACAUGCCUACGGUGAUACAUAUAGUAGAUCAAUUAUUCAGAUUGAAUACUUUUUUUAUUUUGCUAAUUUUUCUUACUUUUUAACUCUGCAUUGUUGGGAAAGGGCUCGUAAGUAUUUCACUGUAAAGUCUACACCUGUUGAAUACGGCGCAUGUGACCAAAACAAUUUGAUUUGAUUUGAAGUAACCUACAAUUUCCCCUCUUGUUUUCUCCCUGUAACAAAAGGAUUUAGCUCCAGAAAUAUAUGUAGCAUUACUACACAAUGGUGUGUAGUCUCAUAGUGUGUAGUUUCACUCAUGUAGUCUCACUCUUCUAUUGUGUGGUGGAUAUUCUAAAUUACCAAAUGAGGAGAGACAAACUCAAUCACCAAUCAGGUUAUACUUAAUCAAAAAGCUUUAUUGUACUUAUCAAUAAGGGAGCCGUCACAACAUGCACACAGAGUGGAUAUAGUGAGAGCUCUGUAAUAAUGAGGCUGGUCGAGCUCUGACUUACAGAGAUAAACAGAGGUCUUAUAUAGUUGACCUAUAAAUGCUUAGUCAUGGCUGGUUCCACCACAACUGUCUCAAUGUGUUGAACCAACCGAUAUCUACUGGAUGAGCUGGCUAACUAUUCUGUCCUCUGUGUUCUCUUGCGAGUACUAAGAACUGUUUGUUCUUAAAAUAGAGGAUAAGGAGAGACUUCGUUCGGAACAGAGAUACCUUGUAUCCUUACAUGCAAGUUUCAGAGUACAGAGGGUGGGAGUAAGAACAUGAGAUGUGCACAGCUGUGGUGGACCAGGUACAGAGAUGUUAAAACAGCAACUUACACAACCAGAGUAACAGGAUUGUACACACCUAUCAUUUAUAUUAACCUUAAAGUAAUGCUAAUACUAAUUAUUUUUCUCUCACAAUUGCAGCUGUUAAAAUACACUAUAUGGUGUGUAGAGUACAUGGGCAGCUACAGUGUUAAAUAUUCAAUAUGCACACCAGACCUGAUCUUCUGAUACCCAACACGUACUCAGCAGCUUGUUACAACCCCCACCCAUGUGAUCCAUUAACUCUUGAUAAAUACUCUAACCUCUCCAAUCCACCAUCCUCUGCCACCAGGAUCUCCACAUCAUCAGCACAGACGAGCACCAGGUCUGUACCUCUCCGACACCCGGGGCAUCCUCUUCACCCUGGCCAUGGAGAACGUCAAGACCACCUGGGGCCUGGGGGGGCCACCAUAUGCUGGACCUGUACGAGAUAAGUGUUCACAUUGUGUGUGUGUCUGGAGGGGGGGAUUGGUUGAAAUGACGCCAAUCCAGUUUUCCAUUACUUUGUUGUAACUAGUUUAAUCCUCUGGGUAUGCAUGCAUGUGCUAAUCACAAACUAUUGUAAACUGAAGUUAUGCUAUAUGUAUCGCUUCAAAAUGUCACUUUAGUAAUAUUUUUGGGGAAGAGACAGACUAUUCCUCUGAGUUCCUCUGAAAAAGACUGCAGAUAUAAUUCUGACCAAAGUCCUUUUUUUAUUUAAUUUUUUUAUUUGUAUAGGGGGUAGAUCAGCUUUAAUAUUGCAGAUAGAUUGUAACUUCCAUCAAUGUAAUUGUCUGCAUCACUUCCAAUCUCCCAUGUUAUUUUUUUCUCGCAAAUAUAUACAGUGAGGGAAAAAAGUAUUUGAUCCCCUGCUGAUUUUGUACAUUUUCCCACUGACAAAGACAUGAUCAGUCUAUAAUUUUAAUUUAAUUUAAUUUUUAGGUUUAUUUGAACAGUGAGAGACAGAAUAACAACAAAAAAAUCCAGAAAAACACAUGUAAAAAAAAUUAUAAAUUGAUUUGCAUUUUAAUGAGGGAAAUAAGUAUUUGACCCCUCUGCAAAACAUGACUUAGUACUUGGUGGCAAAACCCUUGUUGGCAAUCACAGAGGUCAGACGUUUCUUGCAGUUGGCCACCAGGUUUCCAAACAUCUCAGGAGGGAUUUUGUCCCACUCCUCUUUGCAGAUCUUCUCCAAGUCAUUAAGGUUUCGAGCCUGAUGUUUGGCAACUCGAACCUUCAGCUCCCUCCACAGAUUUUCUAUGGGAUUAAGGUCUGGAGACUGGCUAGGCCACUCCAGGACCUUAAUGUGCUUCUUCUUGAGCCACUCCUUUGUUGCCUUGGCCGUGUGUUUUGGGUCAUUGUCAUGCUGGAAUACCCAUCCACGACCCAUUUUCAAUGCCCUGGCUGAGGGAAGGAGGUUCUCACCCAAGAUUUGACGGUACAUGGCCCCGUCCAUCGUCCCUUUGAUGGGGUGAAGUUGUCCUGUCCCCUUAGCAGAAAAACACCCCCAAAGCAUAAUCUUUCCACCUCCAUGUUUGACGGUGGGGAUGAUGUUCUUGGGGUCAUAGGCAGCAUUCCUCCUCCUCCAAACACGGCGAGUUGAGUUGAUGCCAAAGAGCUCGAUUUUGGUCUCAUCUGACUACAACACUUUCACCCAGUUCUCCUCUGAAUCAUUCAGAUGUUCAUUGGCAAACUUCAGAUGGGCCUGUAUAUGUGCUUUCUUGCGCAGGGGGACCUUGCGGGCGCUGCAGGAUUACAGUCCUUCACUGCGUAUUGUGUUACCAAUUGUUUUCUUGGUGACUAUGGUCCCAGCUGCCUUGAGAUCAUUGACAAGAUCCUCCCGUGUAGUUCUGGGCUGAUUCCUCACCGUUUUCAUGAUCAUUGCAACUCCACAAGGUGAGAUCUUGCAUGGAGCCCCAGGCUGAGGGAGAUUGACAGUUAUUUUGUGUUUCUUCCAUUUGCGAAUAAUCAAACCAACUGUUGUCACCUUCUCACCAAGCUGCUUGGCGAUGGUCUUGUAGCCCAUUCCAGCUUUGUGUAGGUCUACAAUCUUGUCCCUGACAUACUUGGGGAGCUCUUUGGUCUUGGCCAUGGUGGAGAGUUUGGAAUCUGAUUGAUUGAUUGCUUCUGUGGACAGGUGUCUUUUAUACAGGUAACAAGCUGAGAUUAGGAGCACUCACUUUAAGAGUGUGCUCCUAAUCUCAGCUCGUUACCUGUAUAAAAGACACCUGGGAGCCAGAAAUCUUUCUGAUUGAGAGGGGGUCAAAUACUUAUUUCCCUCAUUAAAAUGCAAAUCAAUUUAUAACAUUUUUGACAUGCAUUUUUCUGGAUUUUUUGUUUGUUAUUCUGUCUCUCACUGUUUAUAUAAACCUACCAUUAAAAUUUUAGACUGAUCAUUUCUUUGUCAGUGGGCAAACGUACAAAAUUAGCAGGGGAUCAAAUACUUUUUUCCAUCACUGUAUAUAUACAGUGUAUAUACAAUUGAAGUCGGAAGUUUACAUACACUUAGGUUGGAGUCAUUAAAAUUCGUUUUUCAACCACUCCACAAACUAUAAUUUUGGCAACUUGGUUAGGACAUCUACUUUGUGCAUGACACAAGUAAUUUUUCCGACAAUUGUUUACAGACAGAUUAUUUCAUUUAUAAUUCACUGUAUCACAAUUCCAGUGGGUCAAACGUUUACAUACACUGAGUUGACUGUGCCUUUAAACAGCUUGGAAAAUUCCAGAAAAUGAUGUCAUGGCUUUAGAAGCUUCUGAUAGGCUAAUUGACAUCAUUUGAGUGUAUUGGAGGUGUUCCUGUGGAUGUAUUUCAAGGCCUAGCUUCAAACUCAGUGACUCUUUGCUUGACAUCAUUGGAAAAUCAAAAGAAAUCAGCCAAGUCUUCAGAAAAACAAUUGUAGACCUCCAGAAGUCUGGUUCAUCCUUGGGAGCAAUUUCCAAAUGCCUGAAGGUACCACGUUCAUCUGUACAAACAAUAGUAGGCAGGUAUAAACACCAUGGGACCACGCAGCCGUCAUACCGCUCAGGAAGGAGACGUGUUCUGUCUCCUAGAGAUUAACGUACUCUGGUGCGAAAAGUGCAACUCAAUCCCAGAACAACAGUAAAGGACCUUGUGAAGAUGCUGGAGCAAACAGGUACAAAAGUAUCUAUAUCCACAGUAAAACGAGUCCUAUAUCGACAUAACCUGAAAGGCCUCUCAGCAAGGAAGAAGCCACUGCUCCAAAACCGCCAUAAAAAAGUCAGACUACGGUUUGCAACUGCACAUGGGGACAAAGAUCGUACUUUUUGGAGAAAUGUCCUCUGGUCUGAUGAAACAAAAAUAGAACUGUUUGGCCAUAAUGACCAUCGUUAUGUUUGGAGGAAAAAGGGCAAGCCUUUUUCGCUUGCAAGCCGAAGAAAACCAUCCCAACCGUGAAGCAUUUAUUGAUUUAUUUUUUAUUUUACCUUUAUUUAACUAGGCAAGUCAGUUAAGAACAAAUUCUUAUUUACAAUGACGGCCUACACCGGCCAAACCCGGACGACGCUGGGCCAAUUGUGCGCCGCCCUAUGGGACUCCCAAUCACGGCCGGUUGUGAUACAGCCUGGAAUCGAACCAGGGAGUCUGUAGUGACGCCUCAAGCACUGAGAUGCAGUGCCUUAGACCACUGCGCCACUCGGGAGCCCUGGGGGUGGCAGCAUCAUGCUGUGGGGGUGCUUUGCUGCAGGAGGGACUGGUGCGCUUCACAAAAUAGAUGGCAUCAUGAGGAAGGAAAAUUAUGUGGAUAUAUUGAAGCAUCAUCUCAAGACAUCAGUCAGGAAGUUAAAGCUUGGUCGCAAAUGGGUCUUCCAAAUGGACAAUGACCCCAAACAUACUUCCAAAGUUGUGCCAAAAUGGCUUAAGGACAACAAAGUCAAGGUAUUGGAGUGGCCAUCAAAAAGCCCUGACCUCAAUACUAUAGAACAUUUGUGGGCAGAACUGAAAAAGCGUGUGCGAGCAAGGAGGCCUACAAACCUGACUCAGUUACACCAGCUCUGUCAAGAGGAAUGGGCCAAAAUUCACCCAACUUAUUGUGGGAAGCUUGUGGAAGGAUACCCGAAACGUUUGACCCAAGUUAAACAAUUUAAAGGCAAUGCUACCAAAUACUAAUUGAGUGUAUAUAAACUUCUGACCCACUGGGAAUGUGAUGAAAUAAAUAAAAGUUGAAAUAAAUCAUUCUCUCAACAAUAAUUCUGACAUUUCACAUUCUUAAAAUAAAGUGGUGAUCCUAACUGACCUAAGACAGUGCAUUUUUACUAGUAUUAAAUGUCAGGAAUUGUGAAAAACUGAGUUUACAUGUAUUUGGCUAAGGUGUAUGUAAAGUUCCGACUUCAACUGUAUAUACAUAUACAUACAUACAUAUAUACAUACAUACAUAUAUAUACAUACACACACACACACAUAUAUAUAUAUAUAUAUAUAUAUCCUUAAAAAAAAUAUAUUUCCCUUUAUUACUUUCCAACCCCAACACCCCUUCCCUAAUUGGAGUAAACUUGUCAACAACAAUGCUUAGGCCUCUACUUCCAGCGUAUACAUACUAUAUAGGUUUUAUGGACACAGUCAAUUUUACAAUAAUUCUAUUUUGUUUGUUUUUACUCCUGAACUUCCUCUACCCUCAACCUCUCCUUUGCUUCUAUAUGCCAUAUUUUUCUAACUGUGCUCUUUCACAAAAGCUCUCAACCUAUAACCUAUAUAUUUAUUAUGGACAAAGUAUGCUUUACAUUAGUUAUAUUGUUGUUAUUAGUUGUUAUUAGUCCCAUCCUUCAACACCUCCCAUCUAUCUCUUAACACCAUCCAUAUUGGAUUUCUAUUUGCCAUAUAUUUUUCAACUGUACUGUGAUGUUUUACAAAAGUUCUGAACCCUUCUAUUCUCAUUGUUUCUACAGAUUGUAAAUUGAAAAUAAACAUUUUUGCUAAAAGUAUUAUGAUAUUAUUGAUCGAUUGACUAUGACUUUCCAGAUCACCCAGUAGUGCUAUCUGCAGGGUUAGCUCCAGGUAAAUUUGCAAUCCUUUAGCCAUUCCUGGACCUGUGUCCAAAAACAAGCCACAAAUGGACAGUACCAAAACAAAUGAUCUAAUGAUUCUGUCUUUUUGCAGCAAAAUCUGCAGAGCUGGGAAGAUUGUAUCCCCCAUAUAAAUUACAUUCUAUUGGUAGCAAGAAUUUUGUAUAAUAAUUUAAACUGAAAAAUUCUAAGUUUUGAAUCAGGCAUCGUUUUGCGUAUCAGUUCAUAAACACUAUGCCAUGGAAUCAGUACGUCAAAAAUCUCUUCCCAACUAUUUUGCAAUCUAUAUGGGAUGCCUGUCAAUCCUUUGGUCCUUAAAUGAAACUAGUAUACUGUUUUAUUUAUCACAAUUUUAUUUAACCAAUUAUGUUCUUUAAUGCAUGGCCGACAGACAAGUUCCUUACUUUUUCCCCCUUCCACUUUCCUCUUCCAUUUUUGCGGUAAUGCUGCAAUUAUUUGGUUGUAAUUUAGGGUAGAGCAGACUUUUCCAUAUGUUUUUGUUAGCUGCAUGUGUGACAUAACUCCACCAGUCCUACCUAUGAUAUCAUUUUCGAAGAUUAUACCUUUUUAAAACAUUUUUUCAAAUACUCUUCUCCCUGGUCUCAUCAAAUAAUUAAUUGCCCCUCAUUAGUAUGAUCUCACUUUAUCUUUCUCAGUCUUUCUCUCUCUCAAAUAAAUUAUAUUAUUCACUGGAAUAAAAAGAAUAGAAAGGAUGUUAUUGACCAGAAUAAAAAAAAUAUGUUUCCCACUUUAGCCUAAUGGCAGUAAUUUGAGUGUCAGUUGGAUUCAAUCUGGAAAAUCUUUCCUUCAAUCAAAACGUUUUUCUUUAACUCCCAGUCGAGUUAAAUGUAACCAUUUAGUGUUAGGUUUUUGAUUCAAUCCAUCUCCCAGAGGUAUGAACUUCAACACUGAAUAUUACAGAACAUCCUAACUUGCCUAACAGAAUUAAUACACAGUGGUAGGCCAACAAAUCAACGACAACCCAAUGAUGAACCAUCUGAUUCCCUACUUACUCAGAGCUAUAAAUAGCUUUUGAAUGAGUGAGUGGUAGGAGGGAGGGAGGAAGAGAUGGAGGGAUGGAGGGAGUGUUAGCUAGAUGAUUUGGGGCCAUGGGGCGGCACACAAUUGGCCCAGCGUCGUCCAGGGUAGGGGAGGGAAUGGCCGGCAGGGAUGUAGCUCAGUUGGUAGAGCAUGGCGUUUGCAACGCCAGGGUUGUGGGUUUGAUUCCCACGGGGGGUCAGUAUGAAAAAUAAAAUAAAAUAAAUAAUGUAUGCAGUCAGUAACUGUAACUCACUAAAUGUAAAUGUAAAUGAUUUAGGUAAUGUAAUGGUCAUGAUGAUGCUGCUCCUUUCUGUUAGCAUAGUGGUGUGUGUGUGUGUGUGCGUGUGUGUGUGUGUGUAUUAGCUCUCUGCCAACCCCCCCCCCCCCCCCCCCAUUUCCCCCCUAUUCAGAGCCUCUGAUUCUCUGAUUCAGCAGUGGAUCCAUAUUUCUAAUAUUUCUAAACUUAAUUAAUGCACAUUGAAAGAUUGUAAAAGGCUGUCUGUGGGGAGGCCGAGUGCAUGUACUGAGGGAAGUCUGGUUUCUCAGUGGUCGUUUAUCAUACUAGUGCUACUGUGCUGAAAGUUGUUGUGUUGUUUGUUUUGUCUAUGUAGAUGGAUCCACAUGCAUACAUAAGUCUGUAUUUAAUAUUACUAGAGUGCUGGACGUUGUUGUUUUGCCUACGUAGAUGUUUCCACACACACGCAUACAGGUAACUGCCAAAAUAAAGGAAACACCAACAUAAAGCAUCUUAAUAGGGUGCUGGGCCAGCACGAGCCACCAGAACAGCUUAAAUGCGCCUUGGCAUAGAUUCUACAAGUUUCUGGAACUCUAUUGGAGGGAUGAGACACCAUUAUUCCACAAGAAAUUCCAGAAUUUUGUGUUUGAAUCAGGCCAGAGACAUACUAUAAUACUGGAAGGGCCCCUGAGGCCCCUCAGGAAGUGUGAUACGACUGGAGGCCCUCAAUGUCUGCUGCAUUAUGGGUCUUAUUUAAAGCACAGUCGUCAGGUUUACCCCCAUCACACUUCCAUCCUGGAUGGGUUAUCGUAGGUAGACAGUUUGACUAAGGAGGCAAGGAGCCAUGACACCUCUCUCUCUCUCUCUCUCUCUAUUUGUGAGUGGGUGUCACGUGGAGGUGGCAGUUUAACAGUUUUAACGGCCAGCGUUGUACUGUAGACACAACAGUGGCAGACGGUUGACAAGGACGCAAUUAAAGGGAGACAAUUAAAGGAAAAGGAGACUGGUUUUGUGACCAGUCUGAUUUCUGUCAGCAUAGCCGUGGGAAAAUAUUGGGGAAUCGGGUGGAUUUUUUUGGGCCGCCCUAGAGACAGCUCAUCAUGUUCGUCGUGUAAAGGAUUGGACCAAGGUGCAGCGUGGUAUGCGUACAUAGUCGUUUAUUAUAGAAACACCAAACAAAACAACAAAAGCAACGUAACUUGAAGUUCUAAUGGGCUACACAUAAACAAGCCAAACCAGAAACAAGAUCCCACAACUAAAGGUAGGCAAAAUGGCUGCCUAAGUAUGAUCUCCAAUCAGAGACAACGAUCGACAGCUGCCUCUGAUUGGGAACCACACCCGGCCAACAUAGAUAUUCAAAACAUAGAAUGUACACCCUGACCAAACCAACAGGCAUUAAAGGUCAGGGCGUGACAGUAUCAUUUAAAUUCAAAUGAUCAUUAUCAUUUGCCCACGCCACAGACGGCUAUAUCGGUCCGCUAAUACAGCACUAGUAAAACUUUUUUGGUUUCAAAAUGAUUCCAUAUGUGUUAUUUCAUAGUUUUGAUGUCUUCACCAUUAUUCUGCAAUGUAGAAAUGAGUAAAAAUAAAGAAAAACCCUUGAAUGAGUAGGUGUGUCCAAACUUAACUGAUCGCUAACAGGAGGCUGGACAACCAGAUGAAGACCUACAUCACCUACAACAAGGGCCGUGAUUGGAGGUUACUGCAGGCCCCUGCGACAGACCUGGCUGGCAACGACAUCCACUGUGUACUGGUGAGUUAUACUGACGUUAACAGGGAAGGCUCAUUGCUGUGGUAAUCAUACAUGAUCUAAGACUGCCUGAACUCUUUGAGGUGCUUUCCUAGAACCAGAAUAAGCCUACUCCAGGACUAAAACGGCAUACUCAAUAGAGAAUCUCGAUUGAAAGUUCAUUUUAGUAAAGGAAUAUGUGUUCAGUUCCCUUCAAGUUAUGUACAUCAAUGAUAACUGUGUGUUACAUCACACACUCAUUUAAGCUAUGAUAUGAAGAUGAAUUGUGUACACACUCCUUAUUAUUUAAAGUUAUUAUUAAUUGAUGUGCCCUAUCUUACCUUUUAUCCCAUGUGAGGUGACUGUAAGGGAUGACUAUGUAGAGAAAUAACUGAGACAUUAGCAGUAAGAGUUCAUACUGCUUAAAAGCCUAGGGAGGUAAUUGUGGAGUCUGGACGGUGUGCGCUGAGUGGGUUAUAGGUUGAAUACGAUUGUGCAUUCAUGUGACAUUCUAAUUAAGAUUCCUUUUGAUUACCCUGUUUAAUCCCUUUGCCCUUGGUGUCCUUACAGCAGUGUCACGCUAUCAAUUGGCAAAGAUGAAAGUGGAAAUGUUUUGGGGGGGCUCUGUGAACAGAUAUAAUUGUAUUUUGUUGUCGGCUCGAACCCUCUGUAUUAAUGACUGAUAACGACAAUUAAGACAAACUAUGGAGGCGCAACAUGGUUUUUCAGAGGGAGGCUGCGGGAAUUGGCUUACUUGUUUUGUUUUGUUAACCAAAUAUAGUUUGUUGUAUAGUUAACUGACUAUGUUAGCAUUGCUGUUAGCAUUUGGUGUAAAUGUAACUCACUGGAAGACUUCAGAAUCAAAAGGAUUCUAUUAGGCAGUAUCUUCAGGGUUUCUGAGAUGAAAGCCUGAUAAAGACAGCAUAGCAGCUUUUCUUUUCCUUAUCUAAAAGGACCUUCUCUUCAAAUAAAAAGCAUAUUCUUUGUGCACCUUUAAAGAUCAACCCUGUAGUGUUCUAUGUAACAUUGGGGAUUUGAUUGACCAGUGUAUAAUGGCUUUGUCAAAUAUAAUGGACUGUCUGACAUUUCUCACCCCUCAGCCCUUCUGUUCACUCCAUCUCCAACUGCAGACGUCUGAAAACCCCUACCUGUCAGGCAGCAUAUCAACCAAGGCCUCAGCACUGGGAAUCAUAGUGGCCACAGGUGAGAGAAUACAUAAUUACCAUUUGAUACAUAAGAUUAGAUUAGAUUACCUUAUUGUCCACUUAUGUGGAAUUCAUUUGGCUGAAUAGAAAGUAAUCUAUUCAAUUUAGGUAAUGGUACAAAAGGAGAAUAGCUGUCUUUAAUUUCCAGUUAGUGCUGAAAUUCCAUUUGAUUGUGAAUAUUAUUAUGAUUAUGCAAUCCUUAACAUUACUGAUGGGGAUUUGCAAGUCCUGCUAUAAACAACUAAUCUUCAGUUGUCUAGGAAAAUAUUGUAUCUCAGCAACGGCAACAACAACAAAAAUGGUCUACAUCAAUGAAUCUGCUUUCUUGAUCUCUGUCCUCAAAUAAUCUUUGCUCUGUCACCAAAACAAUAGUUUGUUCUCUCCUCCUAUCCUCUAAUCUCGUACUGGAUCUGUGAGAUCCCUAAGCCACUGUGAGCCUGUAUAACUGUACUGAAUCUGACCAGAGACAUAUUAUAACACUUCUGAUGUUGUCCUUACUCACAGAUGUUAGUUUUUGGAUGACGCAAAGUCCCCGGUUUAUUUAAGUGGGAAAAAGCAGACUGAGGACACAUGACACAACAGAUGGUUUGUUUGUAAGUGUGUGUUCGGGUAUUUCUACACAAACCUUUGUGUUGGCCCAGUGAAUCACUCACCCCUGCGCCCUCACACACACACACAUGCACACACACAUCAGCUGGUGCAGAGAUCAGUUCGUGAACCUGACAAACAUGAUGCAGCUCAAAACUCAUGCCUGACACAGAACAGUGGUUGGGAGAUAUCACCUCGUAUCAACAAAGUGGAGAGAUAUCCUCAGAGAGGAAAAUGUUACAUCAUUUCUUAAGAAAAACUGAGAAAUAUCCAUCCACAUUAAACAUGAAUGGUUGUUCUUCUCUUCUCUACAUCUAUUAUCUCAUUGUAAUUCAUAGCAUCUUCAUAUUUUCAGCAUCGUUUGAAUAUUUAACUAAUGCUUUGUUGUAUUUUUACCACAGGGAAUAUUGGGUCUGAGCUGUCAUACAAUAACGUUGGAAUGUUCAUCUCAUCUCAUGCUGGUAACAACUGGAGACAGGUGAGUUUAGACUGAAUCUGGAGGUUAAAUCUAAGGUAUUCUAAUCAAGGAAAACACUGAAUAUUGUAGUCUGGAGAAUAAGUAUUUUGGACAUGCUGUCUCUGCCUUUUGAUCAUGAGCUGUUUUGAAACUCUCAGUAUUCAGAUGUAAACUGCUGUAGUUUCUUACAUAUAUUGUAGGUAUGUGGUAAAAACUGUAUGUAAAUCAUAUAUUAAAUUGAAUUGUCUGUGUGUUCUCUUUCAGAUAUUUGAGGAGGAGCACAACGUCUGGUUUUUGGAUAAAGGAGGGGCCCUAGUCGCUGUGAAACAACCAACCGUCCCCACCAGACAUUUACAGUAGGUUUAAAUCUAAUUCACUGUUUGUAUUUCUGUAAACUGGUUGCUGUAACAUGUUAGUACCUCUAUUGAUGUCAAAAAUUGUAUGUAACUUUAUCUGUUGAUUAAAGGCAGUUUUCAAAGUUGGAACAACUUUGCCAAUGUUUCUUCACCAGGUCCCCCUUUUAGUACUUUAACACAUUGCCCAUCCUCUUCUAAAUUGGAGCGCCGACAUUUUGCCUCAGUGAAGACCAACUGAACUGAAACCACAUCUCUCUUCUUCUUAUAUCACUUUAGAAACAAUUUUUGAAAUUACUUUUAGCACCAGUCAAGUGUGGAGGACGCCCUUCCUUCCUGGUUGUGUCUCCUAGACGAUUUAAGUGCAUUAGUGGAGGAAAGGAACACAGUAGAAGCCUUCGUAGCAGACCAGGGUUCAAAUUGUAUUUGUUUUCUUUCAGAAUUUAAUUGAGCCUUUUCAUUUUCAGGAGUGCCAUAUGGGCGGGGUUUGCACUUUUGGGCCAAUUCCAUUGGAUCCAUUAGGCCAGGUAAGCUCAGUAAUGGGCAGCUAAAGUAUUUGAAAGAUAACAAAUACUAUUUGAACCCAGGCAAGUGCUGUAGGAUCCAAUCCUCUCUCUCUCUCUCUCUCUCUCUCUCGCCCUCCCUCCCUCCCCCCAGCUAGUGUAAAAGUAAAAAUGUCCUGCCCCUGGUAUCCUCCUAAUAGAUGUGUAUCAACACUUUGUCUGUUGUCUGAACUUAUAGCCAGAUGAAGGCAUGUUGGCUGAGGGAGGUUUGGAUGGAAGCUGCAACAAGGGGGAUGCUUCUUGUAUCCUAGUGCAAGACACUGCAUUGUUGAGUGUUGUUCCCAACCUUGUCACACACAGUACUCCAGUGUUCUAACAUCUGAAGUGAUGUUGAUGAGCUGUCAGAAUCAAUAGAGAACAGGCCCGGAGAAUUAAAGUUUCCCAAUCUCUUUUUUUUAUUUUCCUUUUGUCUCUCCCCACCUCUCCUCCCCUAUUUUGUAGUCGUUAGAACAUGAAACGGUUCUAUUCUGGUUUGUUUUGUAUGUUGUGUUUUUUCUUGUUCACCACCCCGUUGUAGACUGUAAGUAAACCUAAGACCUAUGACGUUGUUGUUUUCCCUUCAAGUUGUUAUGCCUCCAAGCAUUGAUAGUCAGAGAGUUCUGUUUUUCUCUUCUUCUUCUAUUCAGCAGAACGUGUUUUAACCGUAUUCAAUUAGAUGCAACCUGAGAUUCAUUGGCUGACUGUCUAUGGAGACUAUUUACUCCGCUGAUCUUCCAUGAACCAAGUUGACUCACUGUAAUUGAGUGCAUCAGGGUUGGGAUUCAGAGUAGGAAUGCUGAUCUAGGAUCAGAUCUUCCCGGUCUGUAUAAUCUCAUUCAUUAUUAUCUAAAAGACAAAACUAAUCCUAGAUCACCACUCCUACUCAGAGUUACACUAUAUAUACAAAAGUAUAUAGACAUUAUAAUAAAAGCAUUAUAAUAAAAGCACUACAUGAAUCUAUACAGGCUAUUGUUGAAAAAGAGGAGAGUCUAAGUUUUGAACAGUGCUUAAGUUGUCUAUCAACUGUAAAAAUUUAGCGCAACAGAACCAGUUACAACUGAGAUAUCUGAUCAUCAAUGAAUGUGCCAUUUGUUAAUUAACACAGCAGUCCCAUAUCAUCACGUAGGCCUAUAUGCACUUGUAACUUUUUUUCAUUUGGGAAACUCUAAUUUUCAAUUUUAUUCCAAGAUAUUGUUGUUACAAAAUAGAUUUGUGUUGAUUGUGAUCAGGGCAUGGGAAUAUAAGAGCAUCUGCUAGGCUAAAUUAACAAACUAGGCAUGCAUAGCUGAUCCUCAAACCAAAGACUGGCCAAACUCGUGUUUCUAUUUAAUGCUAAGUAAAAAAAAAAAAAAAAAAGAUUACACAGCCUAAAUGCAACAUUUAUAAGCGCGUUGUUGAAGUACUGUUGUUGAUGACUUGUUGAAAUGCUGAGCGCUCCUGCCAGCCUGUAGCGUGUCACAAAUGUUUCACAAUUGAUUUCUUAAAUAGCGGGCUACAGGUUGGAAAUAAUAAUAAUAUAAUAAUACAUUUCUGUUCCUUCUUAGGCUAACUGGCUUGCUCCUGACUGAUUUAGAGUAAUUAUGUUGUUUAAUAGCCUGUUGAAAGGUUGAACGUCAAUUGAUAGUGACAGAAUCACACAUUACUUCCCAAGUACAUUUUUUGUCUCCUUGGCUAUAGAAGGUUUUAGCACAGCCUCUGAAUGUCAUAGAGAUGAACCAUAGAUAUCCCACAUGCAUCGGAGUCACGUCUUUACCCGGAAUUUUACAGCUUGUUUCUGGCAUAAAGCAUUGCGGACUAACACGUCGUUAUAGAUGACUUUAUAUAAUCAUGUCCAUAAAUGUUUUCCCAACAACAACAAGAUAACAAGGGGGUAGGCCUAUGCUUUCAGCCAUUUUCUUUAACAAAAGCCACAAUACCCUCACAUACCCCCUCAAUUCGAGCCCUGGGUUUUAACUUAAUACACCAAGCUCUUCACUGACACUGAGAUAUUUAAGGAGUGUAUGGUGACAGAAGGAAUUGGCUGACAAAGUCUAUGGAUAGUAGACUAUAAUUUCAUCUGUCAAACAGGUAGGCCUACCUCUUAUUUCUUGAAUAGGAAGAAAUAGGUCAAUAACUCUGAUAAAUAGCUUCAAUUAUAUCAGUAGCAAGCUCACCUCCAGUCCUCCUUUUCAUCUUUGCUCUCUCCCUCUCAAACUAAACAGGACAUCGGUAGGCCUAGUUUUCCAUUUCAAAACUCGGGAAGGAAGUACAUUUUCUUAGAAAUAUAACUUUGCCCUGUGCUUCUCCUUGCAUGCUCUUCAUGUAGCCUAGUCCUAGAGCAUAUAGUUUAGGCUAUGGAUCAUUUUAUUGAGACCACACUAGGCACACUUGAUAUUGCGCACCCAGCAGAGAAUCAGGGAUGAGGGCAUCAUCGUGCAGACAUCGAGAUACUAUAAUAAGCAACUAAUCCUCAAACCCUGAGAAAUUUGGCAUUUAAUCGAUUACAAAUUACAUGACCCUCCCCUGGACUAAAUAAAACAAUACUAAUCCCUCCCCCUGAUUGAAAUUGAAAAAGCAUGACCCUCCCCAUUUUGCUAUGGGUAACAAUGAUUUAACAUGGUAGAUGCAGUGUACUUAUAGUGUUUGGGUAGUUACAAUAAGCUCAAUAGGUUAACAUAAGAAUGGUUUGACUUGCUGUUCUAUGUUAAUUUGACAUUUGAAAAUGACAUACUGUAAUCCCGUGUGUGUACUAUAUGGAUUCAUAUCCUGUAUGUGUUUCACAGGGCGAGCCGUGUUUGAUGGGCCAGAAACAGAUCUAUAUGAAACGCAGACCAGGAAACUAUUGCAUGCUGGAAAAAGACUAUGCCAAAGUCCUCUCUGCUGAGUCAUGUGUCUGUCGGGCCUACGACUUUGAAUGGUAAUUAUAGUAUACUAGUAUAUAGAACACAUGAACACAGUAAAAUAGAACACAUGAACACAUGUCCUAGCACAUCUUUUUAUCACAAAUCUAAAUGAGUACAGUGAGGGAAAAAAGUAUUUGAUCCCCUGCUGAUUUUGUACGUUUGCCCACUGACAAAGAAAUUAUCAGUCUAUAAUUUUAAUGGUAGGUUUAUUUGAACAGUGAGAGACAGAAUAAGAACAAAAAAAUCCAGAAAAACACAUGUCAAAAAUAUUAUAAAUUGAUUUGCAUUUUAAUGAGGGAAAUAAGAAUUUGACCCCUCUGCAAAACAUGACUUAGUACUUGGUGGCAAAACCCUUGUUGGCAAUCACAGAGGUCAGACGUUUCUUGUAGUUGGCCACCAGGUUUGCAAACAUCUCAGGAGGGAUUUUGUCCCACUCCUCUUUGCAGAUCUUCUCCAAGUCAUUAAGGUUUUGAGGCUGACAUUUGGCAACUCGAACCUUCAGCUCCCUCCACAGAUUUUCUAAGGGAUUAAGGUCUGGAGACUGGCUAGGCUGGCUAAUGUGUUUCUUCUUGAGCCACUCCUUUGUUGCCUUGGCCGUGUGUUUUGGGUCAUUGUCAUGCUGGAAUACCCAUCCACAACCCAUUUUCAAUGCCCUGGCUGAGGGAAGGAGGUUCUCACCCAAGAUUUGAUGGUACAUGGCCCCGUCCAUCGUCCCUUUGAUGCGGUGAAGUUGUCCUGUCCCCUUAGCAGAAAAACACCCCCAAAGCAUAAUGUUUCCACCUCCAUGUUUGACGGUGGGGAUGGUGUUCUUGGGUUCAUAGGCAGCAUUCCUCCUCCUCCAAACAUGGCGAGUUGAGUUGAUGCCAAAGAGCUCCAUUCUGGUCUCAUCUGACCACAACACUUUAACCCAGUUCUCCUCUAAAUCAUUCAGAUGUUCAAACUUCAGACGGGACUGUAUAUGUGCUUUCUUGCGCAGGGGGACCUUGCGGGGGGGUGCAGAAUUUCAGUCCUUCACGGUGUAGUGUGUUACCAAUUGUUUUCUUGGUGACUAUGGUCCCAGCUGCCUUGAGAUCAUUGACAAGAUCCUCCCGUGUAGUUCUGGGCUGAUUCCUCACCGUUCUCAUGAUCAUUGCAACUCCACGAGGUGAGAUCUUGCAUGGAACCCAGGCCAAGGGACAUUGACAGUUUUUUGUGUUUCUUCCAUUUGCGAAUAAUCGCACCAACUGUUGUCACCUUCUCACCAAGCUGCUUGGCUAUAGUCUUGUAGCCCAUUCCAGCCUUGUGUAGGUCUACAAUCCUGUCCCUGACAUCCUUGGAGAGCUCUUUGGUCUUGGCUAUGGUGGAGAGUUUGGAAUCUGAUUAAUUGAUUGCUUCUGUGGACAGGUGUCUUUUAUACAGGUAACAAACUGAGAUUAGGAGCACUCCCUUUAAGAGUGUGCUCCUAAUCUCAGCUCGUUACCUGUAUAAAAGACACCUGGGAGCCAGAAAUCUUUCUGAUUGAGAGGGGGUCAAAUACUUAUUUCCCUCAUUAAAAUGCAAAUCAAUUUAUAAAAUUUUGGACAUUCGUUUUUCUGGAUUUUUUGUUGUUAUUCUGUCUCUCACUGUUCAAAUAAACCUACCAUUAAAAUUAUAAACUGAUCAUUUCUUUCUCAGUGGGAAAACGUACAAAAUCAGCAGGGGAUCAAAUACUUUUUUCCCUCACUGUAGAUCAACAGAAGUUUCAUUGUCCAUAAAAGAGAGAGACAUUUCCUAUGAUGUUUUGUGUAUGUUGUCCCAUUUGAGCCAAUUUUGGAUUCAAUACACUAUUUCAGGAUCCCAUUCAUUUGGUUCAUUUUUGGUGUCAGUGCUCCAAUUAUCAGAUAUGUUUGGGGAUCAUUUUACGCAAUUUGGUCCUAACGUCUGUCUCUCUGCUUAGCUCAUUUUGCUAUGUUUAUAAUAACGUAGAGAAGAUGAGGGGUGUUGAUAGGACUGCUAGGUUGUUGUUGUUUUUUAUCUUCUAAAGGCAGGGAAGAGAAAGCAAUGAUAAAUUUUUAUAUAAAUGCCAGCGGUGUCAGGUCAAACUGUAUGAGUUUUAAUUUGAAUCAAUUAGUCUCCUGUGAUAGUUGUUUUUAAUUAUUUGGGACAGAAAUGAUUAUAUGAUACAUUUCACAAACUUCCUGACCACAUGGCAUGUAUCUCUCUCUCUCUCUCUCUCUCUCUCUCUCUCUCUCUCUAUCUCUCUCUAGCUGGUGAUAGAGAUAGUGAAGUGCAAAAAUAUAAAAAACUAUCUUUUUGAGAAACUUCAACGUUAACAUUUAAUUGACGUUGAAGUGUACACAAAAAUCAAGGGCUGAAAUGUUUCCUGAUUGCGUAAGAGGGUGACAAUGCACCGGCCUGUUGUUAUGUUGUGCUGUGAACAAAAGGUCCAGAAGGUUGAUUCUAAAGUGGGACAGUGACUAUACUGAAAUCAGAGCUUAUAUAUACAUAGAUAUAACACUUGAUACAUUAUAUUAAUAUAGCGUGAGGAGAGAUUGGUAUUAAUAUGUAACCAAAACACCAUGGGAGUCUGCAUGACUAUAAUGUAUUAAACUGGACACCAAAUAUUUUUUGACUUACUUGAAAGAAAUUGAAUCAAUGCAUUACCAAAGCUGUGAUUCAGUGGUGCUGUAAUGUCCUUAACUGGACACUGUACCCUCAUUGGACUCACUUGGUCCCUUAGAACUAUUAUCCCCUCCAACCAUAACACCAUAAUGUCACUAGACAGUCUGUCAAUAAAGGAGGAGGUUCCUAAUCACACUGAAGCCAGACCAGGCCAUAGGGAGUGCUAGAGGGACCUCAGGCUUUGUUGCGUCCUGUUAGUUCUGUCUAUGUAAUUAAUUGAUACAUCAAUGACAGCGUCAUUAUUAGAAUGGGCACUUGCCUACUCUGCUUUGCCCGAUGUAAAUCACUUUGUGAUUGGAGGGUAGCUAACAUCAGCCGGUGGAAGUCAGCCUGUAUUGGCUGUGUUGACAUGGAGUCCCCCAGGGCUCAGUCUUCCUACCUCUGCUGAUCUGGAGCGUUUGUCAACUGCAGCCCAAUCAAUACAUACAGUGGGGAAAAAAGGUAUUUAUUCAGCCACCAAUUGUGCAAGUUCUCCCACUUAAAAAGAUGAGAGAGGCCUGUGAUUUUCAUCAUAGGUACACGUCAACUAUGACAGACAAAUUGAGAAAUUUUUUUCCAGAAAAAUACAUUGUAGGAUUUUUUAUGAAUUUAUUUGCAAAUUAUGGUGGAAAAUAAGUAUUUGGUCACCUACAAACAAGCAAGAUUUCUGGCUCUCACAGACCUGUAACUUCUUCUUCUGCAUCCAAAGAACACCAUACCUACUGUGAAGCAUGGGGGUGGAAACAUCAUGCUUUGGGGCUGUUUUUCUGCAAAGGGACCAGGACGACUGAUCCGUGUUAAGGAAAGAAUGAAUGGGGCCAUGUAUCGUGAGAUUUUGAGUGAAAACCUCCUUCCAUCAGCAAGGGCAUUGAAGAUGAAACGUGGCUGGGUCUUUCAGCAUGACAAUGAUCCCAAACACACCGCCCGGGCAACGAAGGAGUGGCUUCGUAAGAAGCAUUUCAAGGUCCUGGAGUGGCCUAGCCAGUCUCCAGAUCUCAACCCCAUAGAAAAUCUUUGGAGGGAGUUGAAAGUCCGGGUUGCCCAGCGACAGCCCCAAAACAUCACUGCUCUAGAGGAGAUCUGCAUGGAGGAAUGGGCCAAAAUACCAGCAACAGUGUGUGAAAACCUUGUGAAGACUUACAGAAAACGUUUGACCUGUGUCAUUGCCAACAAAGGGUAUAUAACAAAGUAUUGAGAAACUUUUGUUAUUGACCAAAUACUUAUUUUCCACCAUAAUUUGCAAAUAAAUUCAUUAAAAAUCCUACAAUGUGAUUUUCAGGAAAAAAAAAUCUCAUUUUGUCUGUCAUAGUUGACGUGUACCUAUGAUGAAAAUUACAGGCCUCUCUCAUCUUUUUAAGUGGGAGAACUUGCACAAUUGGUGGCUGACUAAAUACUUUUUUCCCCCACUGUAAUAAUGAUGCGUUGCAAUGCAAAAAAUAGCUAUUAUAUGUAUUGUGCUGAGGGGAUAGGAAAGAGAAGCUGUAACAUAUUACACAGUAAUACUGUAUGUCCUUUUGAUCCAAAUCAAAUCAAAUUGUAUGUAUCACAUGCUUCGUAAACAGCAGUUGUAGACUAACAGUGAAAUGCUUACUUACGGGCCCUUUCCAACAAUGCGGAGAGAAAAAUAUAGAAAAAUAAUAAUAAAUACACAAUGAGUAACGAUAACUUGGCUGUAUACGCAGAGUACCAGCACCAAGUUGACGGGCAGGUGUAGGAGAUAAUUGAGGUAGAUAUGUACAUAUACAGUAGGUAGAGGUAAAGUGUUGAUAGUGAUCACAUUCUGUAUGUGAUUUGUUAUAGUGGUUAUGGCUAUGAACGGCGUAGAGAAGAUAACUGUCUACCAGCGUUCUGGUUCAACCCAUCUGUUGUAUCAAGGAGCUGCAGCCAAGGACAGAACUACCUCAACAGCACAGGGUGAGUUGCACAUAGGGACACUAUUUUGUAGCGUUUCUAUGUUGUCUAUUCUAAGUGAAGGCAACCCUUCUGUAUAUUUCUGCUGAAUGAAAGGUCAAAUAUUUUUCUGUGUUUUAAGAAUGUUUUCCAUUUCAUUUUGUAAAGCAUUAUGUUGGUUAUAAUAUGUUAAAAAGCCUGAAUAGGUAUAACACAUUCCAAAAGAGAACUACAAAAACACAUUAAAGCUUACAGUGGCUACGGUAUCGCUCUGUAUAGGUUGGCCAAUGCUUCAUAAUCUUCCCAUCUUCCCACUGUAAUGAAACACUGUCAGGGUGUCACACCCACUGGUACGGCUCCUAGUGUGAAUAGUGAUAUUGGCUAUUUAGGCCUGAGUCAUUCACCAGACAGUAGAUCUAUACUGAGUGACAUAGUGUACUGCUGAGAGCUACAAAGCACUGUCAGGAGUCCUAGCACACAGAUUAGGACGCCUCAGGAUGGCUGAGGUCUGAGGAGAAUGGUACAUCUUUCAUUUAUUAAUUUGCUUCCCUAAGGUUAAAAGUCAAGUGUUGUCUAGGAGUUAGUAAGCAUUUUGGAGUUUUGAAAAUGUGACCGACAACUACUGUAUGUCUUGUGUCACACAUUAACUUUCAGUGUUAAACGUAAUGUUUUGUUUAGUAGUUACUAAGCAUUUUUAAGUUUAGUCAAAGUAUAACAAGUCUUGUUCACUAGCUCUGUCAUGUGGAAUCUUCUUAAGAUACCGAAAAGUGGUGUCCAACAACUGCAUCAAGGGAGUCAAGGACAUGUACACACCCAGGAAGCAGAUGUGUCCCAACAGGGCUCCAAAAGGCCUUUCUCUCUCCACCAGAGAGGGCAAGCUUAGCGCCAACCUGCGCACCAAUGUCACCUUCCUGGUGCAUCUGGAUGAG